CCCGCAGGUCCGAGGCUGUACAAGGAGCCCACGGCCAGGUCCAACCGGCCGCUGAUCCAGAACGCUCUGGCCCACUGCGUGCUGGCCGGGACCCCCAACGCCCCCCUGAGGGCCAAGGUGCUGCAGGAGAUGGAGCAGAGCUCGGCGCAGCAGCUGCUGAUCCUGUUCCGGGACGGGGGCUGCCAGUUCCGGGGCGUUUACGCCCUGGGGGGGAUCCCCCCGACCCUAAAGCGCCUCUCGGGCUCGGGACCCCGCAGCGUCCCCCUGCCCAUGGUGGAGGCUCUCUACAAGUACCAGUCGGACCAGCGGCGCUUCUGCCGCCUCCCGGCGCGCACCAUGAGCGGCAGCGUGGACGCCUUCACCAUCCCCGGGCACCUGUGGCACCCCAAAAAGCCGGGCACCCCCAAAUAAAACCCCAAAAAACGGGGCUGACCCCAAAAACGA